AGAAGUAAUUUCUCGAGUUUCAGUGUCUGUACUGCGUGGCCCUGGCCCUCCCCUUGAAGACUUUUAUUGUUUCUUAGAACCUGCUAAAGCAAGUCAAAGCCACUAACCUUUACUUCCUGCAGUGUCUCGGUGGCUCCUCGCUGUCCUCAGCAGCAGAGGGGAGAAAGGACAGAGGUGUCUCUGCAUGACCGAGUCUGAAUGCGUGCCUGUGGUUGCUUCUGUUUCAGGAACAGUUAGUGGGAGCUUGGAGGAUCUAAAUGUGUUGUUGUGGGAUCCCCAAACCAAAAGGGCCUGGAGAAGAAGAAGGGCCAGUGGCUGCGGCAGGCCAAUUUCAUUUCCUAGUGUGUGCCUCAUUCACAGGCUGUUUGGGGGCCCCAGCCAGUGAGUCCCUGAGACUGGGGUGUCUUCACAGGCAUUUUUUAACCAGGAGAGGCCUCCCACGCUCCUGUGAGCUUCACUGACUCUUUUGAACAGAAGUUUUGCUUGGUUCAGUGAUCAGGACUGCCGUUUCCAACCAGGCUGCGGGGUUGGAGGGAGGUCUUGUCACCCCUUCGCGCUCUCCCGAGUGUACCUCAAGCUGGAAGAAAGACUCUUAGCCUGUUCGGUGUUUGCCUGGCUGUGGGACACAGAGCGAGAAGAGGGAGACAUGCAGAUAUGUUGCAGCACAUUCGAGAAGGGGUUUUAGUAUGGAAGAUGCUGGAAUGGAAUUGUCUGAUGGCUAUAAAGUACAAGAGAAGAGAAGUGCCCCCAGCCGCCCCACUUCUACAGUUUCAGGACAGACUAGCAACCACUCAGGAAACAAACCAGAUCCCCCACCUGUGCUACGGGUUGAUGACCGGCAGCGGCUAGCCAGAGAACGCCGAGAGGAACGGGAAAAACAGCUAGCUGCACGAGAAACCGUCUGGCUAGAGAGAGAAGAGCGAGCCCGGCAGCACUAUGAGAGGCACCUGGAGGCAAGGAAGAAGAAGCUGGAGGACCAGCGGCUGAAGGAGGAGCGGAGGAGGGCUGCGGUGGAGGAGAAGAGGAGGCAGAGACUGGAGGAGGACAAGGAGCGCCAUGAAGCUGUUGUCCGACGGACGAUGGAAAGGAGCCAGAAGCCAAGACAGAAGUCUAACCGCUGGUCCUGGGGAAGCCCUCUCCACGGGAGCUCAAGCAUCCACAGUGGAGAUCCAGACAGGCGCUCAGUUUCCACCAUGAAUCUUUCGAAACAUGUUGAUCCUGUCAUUAGCAAGCGGCUCUCCUCCUCGUCUGCAACUUUGCUAAACUCUCCAGAUAGAGCUCGCCGCCUGCAGCUCAGCCCCUGGGAGAGCAGCGUUGUUAGCAGACUCCUGACGCCCACGCAUUCGUUCCUGGCCAGAAGCAAAAGCACGGCCGCCUUGUCUGGAGACACAGUUAUCCCCAUUUGUCCUCGUUCAGCAUCUUGCAGCCCCAUCAUCAUGCCCUUCAAAGCUGCACACUCUAGAAACCCAGUGGAUCGACCAAAACUCUUUGUAACACCGCCUGAGGGCUCUGCACGAAGGAGGACCAUUCAUGGACUAGCGAGCCAUAAAAGAGAGCGAGAAAGAGAACACAUUCCCUUCCACGUUUCCCCGGGCUCCCGUAGGACUCUGUCUCCAUCUAAUCUCAAAAUGAGGUCGCCGGCUCCAGCCCGCCUUUGGCUCCCAUCCAAGUCCAUGCCUCACUUGCCUGGUACUCCCCGGCCCGCAUCCUCCUUGCCUCCCGGCUCAGUCAGAGCUGCUUCCACUCAGGCCCACUCCUCGUCUCCUGGCAACAUCCGGCCUGUCAAGAGAGAAGUGAAAGUGGAGCCUGAGAAAAAAGACCCCGAGAGGAAAGUAACCAGUGAGCCGGCAGUCAAGGGCAGGGUGCCAUUAGUGAAGGUAGAGGAGGUCACCGUCGAAGAGGGAACAGCCGUGAAGUCACCUGACCCUGCUGCUCCAGCCUCGGCCCCCGUUGCAACCCCAGCCCCUGCUCCAGCAACGGACCCAGCCCCAGCCCCAGCCCCUGCACCAUCGUCCACUGUGACGACUGUCGGUGUAGUUCCUAAGACUUCCGCAGGCACCACCGACCCAGAAGAGGCUACGAGGCUGCUGGCUGAGAAGAGGCGUCUAGCCAGAGAGCAAAGGGAGAAGGAGGAGCGGGAGAGGAAGGAAAAGGAAGAACUGGAAAGACAAAAGAUAGAAGAAUUGGCCCGAAGGGUGGCUGAAGAGCGAAGUCGCAGGGAAGAAGAAGCCCGCAGACUGGAAGCUGAGCAGGCACGAGAGAAAGAAGAGCUGGCGCUGCGUCUGGCUGAGGAGGAGCGGGAGCGGUGGGAGAGGGAGGAGGUGGAGCGCAUGCAGAAGCAGAAAGAAGAAGAAGCCCGCGCCCGGGAGGAGGCAGAGAGGGCUCGGCAGGAACGAGAGAAGCAUUUCCAGAAAGAAGAGCAGGAGCGCCUGGAGCGGAAGAAGCGACUUGAAGAGAUUAUGAGAAGAACCAGGAGAACGGAGACAGCCGAUAAGAAAACCACUGAGCAAAGAAAUGGUGACAUAGCCAAAGGAGUUCUCACUGGAGAGACAGAGGUAUCUGCGCUGCCAUGUAUGGCCUCUCCAGGAAACAGAGAGUCUGCAGAGAGCCCACACGGAGUCGCUUUACAGCAAUCAGAAGUGACCACAGAGAGUUCUCCAGAUUUGGAAAAACAGCCAAAUGAAAAUGGAAUGUCUGUACAGAAUGAAAAUUUUGAAGAAGUUAUAAACUUACCUGUUGGAUCAAAAGCGUCCAGAUUAGAUGUCACCAGCGAGAACCCAGAAAUUCCUUUGAAACCAAUUUUGGCCUUUAAUGAUGAAGGGACACUUGGGCCCCUACCUCAGGUUGAUGGUGUGCAGACGCAACAGACCGCAGAAGUUAUAUGAGCAUUUCCUCUGAAGAACCAGAGCAAACGUUUUCUACAAUGAAUGGAAUUUCAGGCUCCAAAGGAGCCACUCCCUCCGGUUUUCUAAAGAGUUCCUGACCAUCAUUUUUAAAGGACGUAUUAAAGCCAGCUAAAGACAACAGACUCAGUAGCUUUCCUGAUCGUUUUCGCCAACAGAAAGAGAUGCUCCUUAAUCUGGUACCCUGAGAUGGCAUUUUCCAGUGUGUUCCUUCUUAGUAAAUCAAUAUUUUUCUGUGUUCUUUUAAAAAAAAAAAACAAAACGGCAUUUUAUUAUAAAAAGAAAUGGACUGGCAAGGCGUGAUUAUCACACAGAUUUUUUUUUUUUCAUUUUUAAACUUCAAUAUAUAAGAUUGGCAAAAAUACAAUACCUUUUACAAUGAAACACUUGCCAGUAAGUACCUCUUUGCCCUCCGGAGGGAGCGGAAGGCAUUUAAACAAAUGGGAUUGCUCAGAUAUUACUGCGAAAGCAGUUUGUAGAAGCAGAAGUAGCCAGGUUACCUGGCCCUCGUAAACACAGCUCAUCACGGGCAUCCUGCAGACCCUGCUGCCGCAGCCUUCGGAGACUCCUUUCACAGAACUACACUGGCAAGCUCGAAAAUGUGAAAACAUUUCUUUUUUUAGAGCAAGAAAAUAAUUUGCUGUCCUCUUUGUUUUCUGUUUUUGCUUUCCUACU